ACAUUCCUUUGGUCACGUGACAACACUAUGUCGGCCGCCUACUAAAAGGAGGGCUUGUGUGAUUUUUGAGUGUAGUUUUCAGCAUUUUACGCCACUAAAUCGUUCUAUUUCCGCCCAGUUAAGGAGAUUAGAUUUCGAAUAUGGAUAACUACGACCCAGGUUAUAUGGAAGAGGAGGAAGAAUGGGAUAGGGAGGGUCUUUUAGAUCCUGCCUGGGAGAAGCAGCAGAGAAAGACUUUUACGGCAUGGUGCAAUUCCCAUUUAAGAAAAGGAAAUACUUCUAUCGAAAAUAUUGAAGAAGACUUUCGUAAUGGGCUAAAAUUGAUGCUUUUACUCGAGGUUAUCUCCGGUGAACAACUUCCGAAACCCGAUCGCGGGAGAAUGCGCUUCCAUAAAAUAGCUAAUGUUAAUAAAGCAUUGACAUUUAUUGAAGCUAAAGGUGUAAAAUUGGUAGGAAUCGGUGCUGAAGAAAUUGUUGAUGGAAAUUUAAAGAUGACACUUGGUAUGAUUUGGACAAUCAUUUUGCGUUUUGCUAUUCAAGACAUAUCUGUUGAAGAGAGUACUGCUAAGGAAGGUUUAUUGCUAUGGUGUCAAAGAAAAACUGCACCAUAUCGAAAUGUGAACGUGCAAAAUUUUCAUAACAGCUUUAAGGACGGUCUUGCUUUUUGCGCCCUGAUUCAUCGGCACAGACCCGAUCUGCUUGAUUAUCAUAAACUGUCUAAGGAUAAUCCUUUGGAAAAUUUGAAUCUCGCUUUUGAUGUUGCUGAAAAACACCUAGACAUCCCGAAAAUGUUGGAUGCUGAGGAUAUGGUUAAUUCAGUGAAACCGGAUGAACGUUCCGUUAUGGCUUAUGUCUCAUCUUAUUACCACGCUUUCUCUGGAGCUCAGAAAGCUGAGACUGCGGCUAAUAGAAUUUGCAAAGUGCUGAAAGUCAAUCAAGAGAAUGAACGUUUAAUGGAAGAAUACGAAAGAUUGGCCUCUGAUCUGUUAGAGUGGAUUCGUCGUACCACUCCCUGGUUGGAAGAUAGAACAACUGAUAAAACUCUUCCAGGAACAAGAAGAAAAUUGGAAGAAUUUAGAGAUUAUCGAAGAAAGGAAAAACCCCCAAGAUUGGAAGAAAAAGCUACCUUAGAGACAACUUUCAAUACGCUGCAGACUCGUUUGAGAUUAUCAAAUAGACCAGCUUAUUUACCUACCGAAGGAAAGUUGGUUUCGGACAUUACCAAUGCAUGGAAGGGCUUAGAACAUGCUGAAAAGGGUUUUGAGGAAUGGCUGCUUAAUGAACUUCAAAGAUUAGAAAGAUUGGAUCAUCUAGCUAAGAAGUUUAGACAUAAAUGCCAAAUACAUGAAGAAUGGGCUCAAGGAAAGGAGGACAUGCUUCGCAAUCCUGACUAUCGCGGUGUUAGAUUGACCGAACUAAAGGCUCUAAAAAAGAAGCAUGAAGCGUUUGAAAGCGAUCUAAGUGCCCACCAAGACAGAGUUGAACAGAUAGCUGCUAUUGCUCAAGAGCUCAAUGCUUUAGACUAUCAUGAUGUUGCAAAUGUUAACACUCGAUGUCAACGAAUUUGCAGUCAGUGGGAUGUUCUAGGCGAACUGACCACUCAAAGAAGACAUAAUAUUAAUGAUUUGGAAAAAGUACUAGAAGACAUUGAUCAAUAUCAUUUAGAAUUUGCCAAGAGAGCGGCUCCAUUUAACAACUGGAUGGAUGGUGCAAAGGAAGACUUGGUUGACAUGUUUAUUGUUCAUACUGUAGACGAAGUUAAAGGUCUAAUGGAAGCUCAUGAGCAAUUCAAGCAGACGUUGGGCGAAGCUGAUAAAGAAUAUCAUGGUAUUGUUAGUCUUGUACAAGAAGUCCAACGAUUGGCCCAAACUCAUAAUUUGGGCUCAGGUGCUACGGAAAAUCCUUACACUACCCUUAGUGCUCAGGAUAUUUCCCAAAAAUGGAGUGAUGUUAAGCGGUUGGUUCCUCAACGUGAUCAAACUUUGCAGGAAGAGUACAUGAAGCAACAAAACAACGAAAGGCUAAGACGUCAAUUUGCACAAAAGGCUAAUAUUGUUGGUCCUUGGGUUGAAAAACAUUUGGACGCUGUUGCAUCAGUAGGUGUACAAAAGGGUUCUCUCGAGGAGCAUCUUGGAACUUUAAGAAAUAUUGAAAGAGAGGUAGAGUCUUUCAGACCCAAUAUUGACGAAUGUGAGCGCUAUAAUCAAGAAGUACAAGAAGCUUUGGCUAUGGGCUUUGAUAACCGUCUUACACACUACACUAUGGAAACUUUGCGAGUAGGUUGGGAACAGUUGCUAACAUCUGUCAAGAGGGCUAUAAAUGAGGUUGAAAAUCAAAUCUUGACAAGAGAUUCGAAGGGUAUAACUAACGAACAGUUGGAUGAAUUCCGUAAAUCUUUCAAUCAUUUCGAUCGAAAUAAAACGAGAAAAUUAGAACCGAGAGAGUUUAAAGCAUGUCUAAUGUCUUUGGGCUUUAAUAUUCGGGAAGACAAGCAAGGAGAGGCUGCCUUCCAACGCAUAUUAACUACCGUAGAUCCAAAUCGAGCCGGAUAUAUUACUUUCGAUGCUUUCUUGGACUUCAUGACACGCGAAACGGCGGAUACUGACACAGCCGAUCAGGUGAUGCAAAGCUUUAAGGUUCUAGCUGGAGAUUUACCAUACAUAACUCCCGACGUAUUGAGAAGGGAGCUUCCACCAGAUCAAGCAGAAUAUUGUCUUCAGAGAAUGGCACCCUAUAGCGGAAGAGACGGUCCCCCUGGAGCCCUGGAUUACACCAGCUUUUCGACAGCGCUUUAUGGCGAAUCAGACCUCUAA